AAGGUGAUAAGGGUGAAAUCAAUGUGCUGAUGUUGGGGGCAGGGAUCCAUGCACACCUGUGUUGAAGCGGGGGGAGCUUGCCCCACUGUCCGGGUGGUGUCCAGGGAUAUAAACGCAGGCAGGGGCUGUCUGGAAAGCAGCCAGAAACUCCAGGUUGGCUCAGAAGAGGUGAGCAGUGGCCCACAUCAUCUUCAGCAUCCAAUAAGACAGCUGCCCAGAGCAGGAGACCCGGGUCCAUGAUGAAGUGCCAGCUCUCUUACCUCCUACUGGGAGUGUGGCUGCUCCUGUGCCUUCCUCCCAUGCAAGAGGGUGCAGGGACUAAAUCAUGUGGCAAGCCUUUAAUUCGACGCAUUAAAGCCCUCUGUAGCCCAUUCUCAAAGCGGGAAGCUGGACCAUUUCUAGAUGCCAUGCCCUCCUCUGUCACUGAAGAUGCAGAAACUUUAGAGAUGAAGUUGAAACCAACUGAGAUGCAGCCCUCACUGGAGGAUCUAGGACAAGCUGUGUUCAAGGAUUCCAGUCUUAACUCUGCAGAUGUUCGGGAGACUGUUGCAGAUGCACAAAGCUACCUUGAAGACAACAGCUACAUUCCACCCCAACAGAAAAGCUCAGGCUUAGAGAAACAUGUCCUACAAAAGAGGGGCACUCGGGAAAUGUGGAUUCUUAUGGAACGCUGUUGUGAGGAAACCUGUACUCACGAAGAACUGUGUAAGACAUUCUGUAGCUCAAAGCCGGGAAAGUGGUGCAGCUCAAUACUUAAACUUAAAGGUUAAGUGCACAUAGUAUGGUGCACAAGGACCCCUGUUCAAGUCUCCGGCUUCUCGCCUGCAGCGGGUCACUUCACAAGUGGUGAAGCAUGUACAACUGUAUAUCUCUCUCUCCACCUCUUUGUCUUUCCCUCUGCUCUCAAUUAUUCUCAGUCGUAUCCAACAACAACGAUAGCAGCAACAACAACAAAAGCAGCAACAAUAGCAAUGGAAAAAUCUAGACCAGGAAGAACAGUGGAUCCAUAGUGCAGGCACUGAGUUUAUCACCCACUGAUAAACCUGGAGGCAAAAAAAAAGGAAAACAAAGAAAAAUUUUUGUCUCAAAGGCAGGAGUAUAGGCAUGUACCAA